AUGACUGGAGUAGGAGAUGGCGGAUGCAGUUCAACACUAAAAAAUUGUAAAUUUAUGCGUUUGACGCAUAAAAAGUCUUUCAAGCAUAUCCAUUAUGAUAUGAAUGGCGACUUGCUGGAUCGAGUUAAAUCAGUGAAAGACCUAGGUAUCUCGGUGACAGAUAACCUACGAUGGUCUCAACACAUACAAGAGAUAACUUUGAAAACGAAUAGAACCUUAGGCUUGGUUAAAAGGGUAUGUAGAGAUAUAAAAGAUGUCCAUAUUAGGAAAGCUCUGUACUGUUCGUUGAUAAGACCUCAACUGGAGUAUGCAUCCGAACUGUGGUCCCCUGAACAAGUCACAUACAAGCGAAUGUUAGAAAAUGUUCAACGAAGAGAGACUAAAUUUAUUCUGGAUUACCCUCAACAUUGCAGUUACACGAGAGACUAG